UUCAAUUUGUGUUUCUUUCAUUUUCUCUUUUUUCUCCUGAUUUUAAGAAUUUUAUUUCAUACAAAUAUGAAUUACAGAUAAUGAAACUUUCAUGUUCAAAAAGAAAUAUAAUCGUGAAUGAAAUAACAUCUACACGAUAUAAAAAAAAAAUACACACUUGCAAAAUGAAUCCUAAGAAACCAUUCAAUAUACAAAGGACCUAAAAUUUGAUGAUGGAAAUUUAACAGAAAUGAUGUGAAAUAUAGUGCAGUAAAAAUAAGCAGGAAGUAGGAAAAUGAGUUUGAUCACAGUGUUAUAAAAGAUCAUCCCAUCUACACGUAAGCUACUCAAACUGCAUCCCUGACAAAUCUACCAUACCCAAGGUACCACAUACCCAAGAAGUUGUGAUCUGCACGCCGCUGCUUUGAGUGGCUUGGUCUGGGAUCCCUGGUGCCAGGGUCUGUCACAAGACAGAACACAGGGUUAGGAUUGGUGGUGCAUAUUGCGAAAGGAUUGUUCAGUGGUGAGACCAAAUCAUCAAACGCAUACUUCUUUCAAGUUAAAGUAAUAAAGGUGAGGGGGAAAAUGAAAUUGUGAGAACAGAAGUGUGGAAAAGCAAGAGUGAGAAACCACAAAUAUUAUACUCUAUAAAUAUUCAAAUGUGAAACAAUUUACAAUGAUAUAAAUAAAAAUAAUAAUUCAUGUUUGCUGAAUUUUGUACUAUCCUUUCCUUUCUAUCCUAUGCCUUACUGUCAAGUCUAAUAGAGAAGAUUAAGAAAUCUCAAUUACACAUGCAUUGUUGCCAGACAUUUUUAUUAUGAUCUACAAUAUUUCAUGCAUUCGGCUACUACUAAAAUGGUUAAAGUUUUCGUACUCCCAUCUUACAAUUAGUACAGCACUGGAAGAAAAGAGUAAAUUUUUUUGCCAACAAAUGUUCUAAAAUAACAAAAGAAAAUAAAUAUGCAAACGACUAAAAUACAAACAAAUCUGCACACAAUUGCUAUUUAUAUUACACAUUCAAUUUUGCAAGGCAAUCUUGAAGUCUGAAAUGCAAUUCUCUUGAAAGGCAAGUUUUGCACAACACAUCCUUUACAAUGCAAAAUUUUUAAUUUACAAUUCAAUAAAAAAAACAAAUAAUAUAGCACAAAAGUACCUGUGAAAACUCUUUCACGACCUCGAAUUAUCUGGUUUCUGUUUUUAACUGUUACACACAAAUUGACCAUUAUCAACAUUGUUAUAUUCAUAAUAAUACUUUGAAUUAACAACGGAAGUUCAUAUCUUUUACCAAACCAGAAUAGGAUUCUCAAUGUAUUAGCAAUAAGCAGAGUUAAACACACAAAAAGGGAAAAACCUUCAGCAUCAUCAGUUCGUUUUAUUUCUCUGUACUGAGGUAUGAAAGGCACCACACCCCCAAAUACCAUAGCCAUAAUAGCACCCCAUUUUACUAGUUUUAAAAUAGAUAUGUCUGACAAUUCUUCCCAAAGGUUAUCCAUAGGAAAUUAAAAUGGGGGAAUGAAAUUAAUAUAAAAGAAAAGGAAGCGUAUUGCUAAAAAAUAACUAGGGUUCGUUUACACCAAACAUUGGUGACUAGAAAACAUCUUGUAGCAUCUUUUGCAUCAUAUAAAAAUACUGCAAUACACUUUCACUAUUGUACAUGCACACGUGUCAUCCGUCUUUUUAAAAAUAGCAACAAUUCACAACAGUUAAAUUCGUCAUUCAUUUCAGUAGGGCACCUGCAGAAAUCGUGGAGAGAUCUCCAGUCACAUUUACGUAUCUAAUAGAAUAAUCUAACAGAACAUCUAAUAGAACGUAUCUUUUACAUUAGUGAUAACAGGAUUUUGCCGAUAAUGCUUGUAUUACGAAAUACGGCUUGUGACACCUGUUUAUUAACGUUACUUGCAACUGUUAGCAUUUUCCCACAUACUGAACUACGGCCAUAUCAUAUGUGAUCAUAUGGUGGAAAUCACGUUAGUUUAUCGAAACGAAAAAUAUAAACAGUUAACAAAACGAAAAUUUUAUCGAAAGGUUUCUUGCUUCAUAAAGAUUUCUUCACGAAAAUUAGGCACACUUCCGUGACAAUUUCUAGGGAGAUUUUUCACAAAUGUAAUUUCUAUGGCCAAAAAAUCUGUUGACACAUUAAAAAAAUACACGUAUCUUGUUGCGCGCCAGUGGUGCUACGCAAUGCUCAAGAGCAUUACGAGAAGCAAGGAGAAUAGUGAGUGAAUAGGUUUCAAAGGGGCUCAGACACAGCAUACUCGCUGUGCACAGCUGUGCUCGUAAUUCACCACCAUAAACGUAAACAACACCGAGCGCUAAUCUGGCGCUAAUGCCGGCGGUUCUAGUUAUUUAAAAGCGGUUUAGGGUUAGGUGUGUAAAUGUUAUGAAAAGCGGUUCGUGUGACAAGGUGUGUGAGAAGACUGAAAACUUGAGAGAGGGGGAGAUUGUAGGAAAGUGAUAUUUAAAUUAUAUUGCUCCUCUUCUCAUAAUGGGAAUCCCUCGAGUUCUGGGGCUUGAAAUGGUCCGAGUUACUUCACUAAUUUCCAGGUGCUCUUCUGUUCCAAUUAUACAGUCUAUAAGAUGCUCUUGCUACUCAGGUUUUGGAACAGCAGGAGAACUGAAAUUUACUAGACAUUGCCGUUUUUAUAGUACUAAUAAGGAAGAUAAAAAGUCAUCCAUUACGAAAGUUAAGUCACAAGGUGUUACUCCAGGCACCUUUGAACAAGUUAAAGAAAAUACAAAGACUGCAUCAUAUUUAGGUGUCAUUGUAAUUGGAGUGGGAGUAACUGGUAUUAUGUUCUAUGCUGUGCUACGUGAACUGUUCUCCAGUAAAAGCCCCAACAAUGUUUAUAGUGCUGCCCUGUCGAGAUGUUGUGUUGAACCUCGGGUGCUUAAUGCUUUGGGAGAACCUAUUAAAGGUUUUGGAGAGGAGACAAGGCGGGGUAGGCGACGCCAUGUUAGCCAUCUUUUUUAUCAGAAAAAUGGUACCAAUUAUCUUAGAAUGCAGUUCUACAUACAAGGAAGUAGAAGGAGAGGCACUGUUCAUUUGGAGAUGAAAGAGGAUGACAAAGGCAAAUUUGAAUACUCAUAUUUAAUAGUUAAGAUGGAUGAUUAUCCUCCAGAUGUUAUAGUACUGGAAGAUAAUAGAUUUGACGUCCAGCCCAAUAAUGGAGGAGCUUUUGAGCUGUAAACUAGUCAGCUAGUGAGGACAUGUGAACAAUUUCUUCCAGCAGAUUGUGUUCAAUUUUUUAAUCAAACUUUGUACAUGCAAGUGAAAUGUUUUGUUGAUGUAUUGAAAAUAAUGUUUAUUUUAUUAAAACAGUCUCCUUUGAGAUACGUAAAUAAAAUCAUUUAUAAUUAAAGA